AUGAGCAAUCCUUACCCUGGUCUUGUGGAAUGCCGGCUGACUCGAACCCCGCGAGUAGCAGGCGCCACGCUACUGCUGACCACCGGCCAGUCGCAUGCCUCGACAACUACAUCCCCUGCAGGGCGUGGUUGGAUCGGCAAGCCACCGCCAAUGCGAGCAGGCGGUACUACUAAUAUCACUAAAAAAUCCAUCGUUGCCGUUGCCGCCGGUGCCGCUUGGUAA